AUGGAAGCUUUCUUUAAGUAUAUAAUAAAUGGCGAUAUUGCUGCCAUUAAGAGAUCAUUUGACAGCUCAUCCGAAGAAGAAAAGCAUGGGCUUCUUUCUUAUCAAGAUGAUAACGGUAGAACUCCACUGCAUAUCGCUGCACUCUAUUCAAAUGAGGAAGCAGUUGAUAUUCUUAUAGAAAACGGAGCUAAUAUCAAUGCUCUAGAUUUUAACGGAAAUACACCAAUCUUCCACGCAAUAUUAUCUCGUUCACAAACUAUCAUCGAUAAACUCGUACAAAACAAGGCCAUUCUUGAGUGGGUCAAUUCUAAUGGCGAAACUCCACUUCAUUACGCUGCUGGAGUGAAGGCAUUAGAAAUUUUGAAUUUUAUUCUUGUUCAGGGUGUAGAAGUUAAUCCUUCAAGCACACCAUCAAGUGACCCACCAUUAUUUUAUGCUGUUCGUGCUGCUUGGCUUGACGGAAUUAAAGCUCUUGUUGAUUUUGGAGCAAAAGUUGAUCCACGCGGCUCUCUUAAGAGAGUUAUCCCAAUAAUUAUACAAAUGUACAGAAAUAUCAGCUCUUCGCCGAGUAAAAAGAAUAAUAAUUCUCAACAUCGUUCGUUAAUUCGCGAAAAAUCAAUUUCAGGUGAACAAGCCUAUGAAAUUGUCGAUUUCUUAGUACAACAUGGUGCUGAUAUCAAUGCAGCGUUUACAGUCAAGGAUUCAUCAAAAACUCAAGAGACAAAUGCAUUACAAGAUGCAAUAAUCAUGAGUGACCAGAAAAUGAUCGAAAUUCUUCUUCGCGGAAAACCUUCCAUUAACAAGCCUCUUCCAAAUGGUGUACUUCCUCUUGAGCUUGCAAUUCAAAGAAAUUGUCCACAGAUUAUUAUACAGAUGCUCAUCGAAGCAAAGGCAGAUGCCCAGCAUGUUAAUGAUCUUGGUCAGACAGACCUUCAUUUGGCCUGCAUGAAUUCGGAUAUUAACGUUGAAACAGUUCAAUAUCUCAUUGAUUACUACAGUAAAUAUACAGCAAACUAUCUUGCAAUAGCUGAUAGAGAGAUAAACGAGUGCCAGGAUCCAAAGCAAAUUGCUGAAAAAAGAAUCGGAAAAAGAGUUGCAGAUAUUUACAAGAAUUCUCCAAGAAAAGUCGAUCCGUUCUUUGUAGACAAGGAAGGAAAUUCACCACUUUUCUACGCCGCUCAAUCUUCUUCAAAAGAAGCAGUUAAAUUAUUCAUUGAAUACGGUUGUGAUCCGAAAGUUGAAAAUAAGCGCAGAUAUACAUCAUAUUCCAUCGCCAAACCAGAUAUGUCUAACUAUAUGUACGAAAUAGCUAAUACAGAUGAAAAACAGGAAAUAUUUGACAAAUUAGCCUUCAUUAACCCAUACCACAAUAAAGUUGAGGCAUCGGGAUCCCCAGAGAAGAAGAAUAAAACAGUUACAGUGUACUCUAAAGAGAGUGUUACAAGAUUAGAAUCAAAGAAGUCUCAGAAAUCGCCUAAGGCCAGUCAGUCGCAGGCCAAUGAACCAACACCAAAGAAGUCUCAGGUUCAAACUGCAAGACCGUGGAGAGGAGUUGUUGAAGCUGAAGAAUUCAGACGUGAAACAAGAAUUAACCUCCGCAAGCUUAGAUUAGAGAUGAGAGAAAAGAUUGAUGCACUCAAGAAGUCAAUCCAAGAUAUUGCUGAUGAAAACGAAAUAGAACUUUAA